AUGUCACCAUUUCUCAAUUCUUUUUACCCUGACGCUGCUGCGAGCAUGGGAUCCGCGACUGCUGCCACCAACAGGACUCUUAUUUGUAGACGACCUUUUUUCUGCACGGAGUGUCAUCGAAAAUUCAAAACGAAGGAAGAACUUUAUAUUCAUGCAGAAGCGUGUAUUAUGGAAGCGUUCGAAAGUGAAGUCAUAGCGGCUUACAGCGAUGUUCCGGGUUUGCGUCAGAAUUCUGUUGUUCUUGCCGAAGUGCCUCAUGACAGCAGCCCUAUGCUUCAGAGCUCUGAUGCAGGACUGGGAAUCACAAUUAAGAAAGUCGCUAGCUGGGGUCGGGUAGGAGUUGAAGCGGCUUCUCUGACAUCUACGAAUACAGUCAAGGGAUGCGCUGCACAGGCAUGGAGGAAAAUAGGUUCUGUCUAUUGGGACCGGUUUUGUAAGUGCUUGUGCGGUGUUUCGACCUUGAUUCUAUUCGUCAAGAAAAGGCCGUUUAAGGAUGGUUGA